AUGCCCCAAGCAACCGCAACCAUAAACGGCGUAGAAGUAGCCCGCACCUCCACCUGGGAGGUAGUCGACGGAAACAUAUACUUCCCGCCCACAUCCAUAACCCAAUCCCACUUCACGCCAACCGCGACCUCAACCCACUGUCCCUACAAAGGCGACGCGAAAUACUACACCCUCACGACCAACAAGACCGAGCUGGAAGACGCUGCCUGGUAUUAUCCUGAGCCCCUGCCGGCCAUGGAGAGGAUUAGGGGGUUUGUUGCGUUUUACAAAAAGGCGGGUGUCGAGGUCAGGGUGGAGGAGUAG